AUGGCAUCUGCGAAUGGCGAUGUCGAGCACAUGCUCGCGACAAGGACAGCCACGCCUAUCGCGCAGUUGGACCCCGACUUAUCUGAUCAGCCCAUACGGAAAGUCCACGGAGAGGUUACGAUCACCUGGCCCUACAGCUCUGUCAGCAAGAGCGUCGCUUUCCUGCUCGCCGAGCCAGACUUCCGAUUGCGACGCGACAAAGGCCAAGUGCGCAUACAACUCAACGGUCCCAGCGCUGAAGCCAUCGGUGACUUGGAGCUUGGAAGCGGUGAUGAGGUCACUUUGGCCCUGGAUGGCGUCGAGUGGGCCAGGGAUGAAGAGCCUGCGCGACCUCCGGGCUCGCGGUCGGACUGGCAGUUGAAGUUCGUGGGGAAGCUUGCGCUCAAGGUCACACUUGGCGAAUCUCAAGAAACCAAGUUCAUCCACAUCGACCAGCCUGUCCCCACCGAGCCAGAAGAGGUAUUCGAGCCCAUCCCGUACGCCGAGAUCGACACCACCCUUUUCGAUGACGAGCCUGUCACACAAAACAACGCCAGACCCAUAGGAAAUGAGUACGCGUCACCGAUAUUCAUGAAGAGGUCGAGGGCCUCGUAUGCUCCCCUGUUCGAAUUUGAUCUCGAUGAGGAAAUAGAGGAAGAUGGUGGUAGGAGAGGCAAGGGCCGCAAGCGGCCGAGGUAUUCUGUGCAGAAUGGCAGGUGGAGGUACCGAGAAGAAAGUAGCAGUCCUGAUCCUGAAAUACUGCUGGACUCAUCUUCUCCUGCUCCGGAGCAAGACGAUGAUGUCGUUAUGCGGGAUACACCGUCAAAGCCACAGAUGACCGAUGGGGCAUGCCAAACUGUCGAGUUGGAGCUUCCACCACCACCUCAGAGUGUAGGAAACACACCAUCCAAGACCUUCAGAAGGACGGAAUCAUCGUCCCCCUUUUUGGGUGGAAGCCUUUCAGAGAAACCCAGUGGUGCCACCACUGACACUGGUGUUCAAGCAUCAACGUUGAGUCUUGAGCCUGUUGCCCCAAUCCAACCCCUGCCGGCAACUAUGGCUGAACCAGCCACGGCCAACCCCUUUGGUCUUGCGUCUGGAUCCUCAGGGUUUUCUCAGCUCAACCCAAGCAUCCAGGCAGGUUUUGGAAUAUCUCCAAAUUUGCCUCCCUCGCAUGCGCAUGGUGACCAACAAACUCAACCGCCCCUCCCACUCGGCGGUGACACAGUGCCAAAACAGCCCAUUCUAGGCCAGCCUACAUCUUCCCAGUCCGUGUUUGGACAGCCGGUGUUUGGACAGUCUGACUUUGGUCAAACACCGGGUUUUGGUGCUGAGUUUGGACAACCGUCGAAUGUCUCAGCUGAAUUUGGCGUCAUCGGCGGCUCAUCUGUCGACUCGGUGAGGUUUGGAUUUGGUGAGAGACCGCAAUCCACCUUUAGUGGUUUGCCAUACGCGUCUUCACAAAUGCCAAUGACUCACCACGACACCCACCAUCUAUCAGUGGCAUAUCCAGACCCGCAGCAACCAUCAGUUCACGCGUCUUCGCCUUCGCAUCGCUCCAGCGAGCAAUCCUCACACCAUUCUCAAUAUCAUGAACCCCUCAAUGAACCCUCUAAUUAUGCGGCUGGAUCUCAGACAGGCAACAACGAGGCGCCGAUUUGGCCUGUCGGGUCUCAGUCAUCGGGCCCAUGGCACGCUAGCAGCCGUGUUGAUAUCCCUGAGGAACAACACUCAGAGAAUAGUGUGUGGACAGGGACACCUCCAGGUAUGAUCCCUCCUGAAGUAGAGGACGGAACACGCAACCGGGAUGAGAUGAGGCAGCAAGGCAUUCUCUCUCAGCCAGUCUUCGAACAAGAUGUUCCACGGGAUGCUCUUCCGCAUGGCCGCGAAUCAUCGGCGGACGAGGACGAAGACUCGAUGGACAGUGAUGAACAGGCAGACUACGAUGAGGAGGAAAAGGGGGACGACUAUGACAUGAGAAAUUACGAUCGCAUCUCCGACGAUGACGAGGACGCCGAUGUCGAGAGGGGGCAGCCUCUGCCUGAUGAGGACUUGCUAGAUGAGGACGAGGACUUUGACGAAGACGAAGAGGACUACGAUGAGGACGAGUAUGAGGAAGACGAUUACACAGAAGGCAAUGUCUAUCAACAACCAAUGAUGCGACCUGCGCCACCACCUCAGGUCCAAAAACAGCCUAUUGUUAUCGACCUACUCUCGGACUCAGAUGACGACGAAGAGCCAGCACCCCCGCCGCCCCAAAAUCAAUUUGGACGCCAGCAAAUGGACGGGAUCGCUAAGUCCGAGCCCGAAGGUAACCGCGAAGUACCUCUGGCGGCGGGAAGGCAAGUCUUCGGUCUUCAAUCUCGCCAGAGACCUGUCGAGGCUGAGCAAGAGCCUGAUCUUGACGAGGAGUCCGUUGAAGAAGAGGAAGAUGAAGCAUUUGAUGAACAAGAAGAGUCGGUCUCUGGCGAUGAGCAGCUUGUUCACGAGGAUCGUAACAGCGAAUCUGAAAGUGGCGAGACAGGUGGCGAAGGUUCCGACAAAGACGUGGACGAGCCAAUGAGUGCUGGAGUAGGUGAGGGCGCAAAACCGAACGGCAAUAUUGAGGUCGCGAAGGGCACAAAUUUCAGCGUACCGGAGGGAGAAGAGGCGGCUACGAGCCUCGGCCCGUCCCGCGGUCAAAACGAAAAGGACCUAGAGCUUUCUGUCGAAGAAGGGAAUAGACAGGGCGAUCCCGUGGCAGAAAUGAUGGGACAAGUGCAGCAGAGGACCGACCAAGUUGUUGACAAUGAGGUUGAUGCGAUGAGUGUGGAUGCGCCCGAGCAUGAAGAUGUGGUUGAACCCCCUCAGCCGGAGUCAAUGGAACUGGCAGCGAACUUUGAGAAGCCAUCAGAAGAUCUAGCUGCAUCUUUUGAGACACAAAUCAUGGAUACAACUACAGCUGAUCUUCCCUCGUCGCCACCUGACCAGGCACCGAGCUCAGGGACCCGUAUAGAUGCUUUUCACGCACACCCGGUCGAUUCAAACCCGUCGUUCCUGACGCAAUCAGGAGACACGGCUGCAUCUUUCCAGUCACAGGCGUUGGAGACGGCUACAUCGCUUGAUCUUCCAUUUUCGCCACGACGUCAGGAACCCAGUCAAGAGGCGAAAGAGGACAUCUCAAUGGAGCACGGGCAGCCUGGUGCCACAGAUGAAGAUCGAAGCUCCGGCUCUGAGAAACAUAUACAUGAAGGAAAGACGGACGAGAACGCGAUGGAGCAGCCGUCAGACCGAGAACUUGAGCUCUCGGACAAGGUGCCGAGGAACGAAGAUGCGAGUGAAAUGGACAGACUGCCGAAUGUUCAAAACGAGACUUCGGAAUCUAAGAGCUUCGAAGGUUUCUCGGAUGCGCAGCAGGAUGCACCCCCAUCCCCACCUGAAUCGCAGCAUCAAGACGCUCACAACACAAUAUCAAUGGACAUCUCCAUGACCACAGUGUCGAGUCACUUGGAAACGCAAGUUACCGAUCAGGAGGCAGUGACAUUUAGGACGCAAGAGACGGAGAUUAUGCUCUCGCAGCCUGAUUUGGUUGAAGAGGAGGAUGAAAUGAGCGUCACAAAUGAAAAGGCUGCUAAGACAGCGGAAGACGUAGCACUGACAGGCGAAGAGCUCGAAAGUGAUGCCGAGAGUGUUAAGAAUGGACGAGCGGUAUCGCAUGACGAAGAUUUGGCCAUGUCGGAAGCCGUGUCAGAGCCAUUAGAGAACGAGAUAAUCGCAGUCUCGUCUCCGGCCCAACCUGCCGAAACAGAAGGGCCAGGACUCUCAGAAACAACCGGCGCGAUUGACAAGGAAGCCGCCCCCGCUCUCAGUGACGAAGAAGACUUUCACGACGCUUCCGAGCUGCUUCAAAUGGAGGCUUCACCCAGCGUGGCCCAUUUCGACGACCGCGCCAGCUUCGUGACAGCCAACUCACAAGCUUCUGAGCCCAGAGAAACAGAAGAAGCGGAGUCUCCCUCGGUGCGCAAAUCGAAGCGUACCCUCAGACUCCGCGCACUGCGGGAAGAACCCAGCAUCCUGUUCGCGAAGCCGCCCCGCGGCGCGAAGAGAGGACAACGCAUACCUUCCGACCAGUCGCCCAGUCCACGGACGACGCGUAGUCAGACCAUGAGUUUUCAGAAGGCUACGAGCCCGCCCCAAGACCAGGAAGACAUGUUCGCCCGUGCCGGCCUUAGGUCUCCUUCCAGGAGAAAAGUCUCCGCCACGUCAGCCAACAAGACCAAGAACAACCUGGUCAAGCGUCUCGGCACCGAAAUGCCAGAGUGUGCUCCGCUCAAGGACCUCAAAUCUUACAACAUGAAUACCCUUGAUGUCGCGGCUGUGGUAACCAGCACCAACACCGACCCACAGCGCACCAAGGCAAGGCAAUACGUGUCAUCCUUCACCAUUACCGACCCGUCUACCGCCCCUCAAGGCGUGAUCGAAGUCUCGCUCUUCCGCGCUCACAAAGACUACUUGCCUGUUGUGAAGCCGGGCGACUCUAUCCUUCUGCGUCGCUUUACAGUGACCUCCUUGCCCGACAGAGGCUUCGGACUUAGGACGGAGGACGAGUCUAGCUGGGCUGUGUUUGACACCGAUGGCGAGGAUGCGGCCCCGCAGGUCCGUGGCCCGCCGGUCGAGCUGAGCGAGACGGAGAAGAGCUACCUUAUUGACUUGAGAGCGUGGUAUGCCGCGCUGGACGAGGGUCCGAAGGGCACGUUGGCGGCGGCUGUCGGGGAGAUGGUGCAGAAGGGAAAAGAGAGUCGCGGUGAGAAGUGA